AAUAGAAAAACAACAAAAGAAGAAUCCCGUGAUUUGAAAUUCCAGAACUUUGCUCUGCCAGAAAAUAGGUCAUGGCCUCGAAUCCAUAGUGUCACAGGCCAGUACCAGACUAUUAAUGAGCCUCUUCUUGACAGCGUAAGUCAGCUGCUUUCCUUACCUAUUUUGUCAGUGUUUGAUAUUUACAAAACUCCUUUACCACCUCCUCGGCCGCCCAUCACUCUUCCAAAGAAGUACCAGCCCCUGCCCCCUGAGCCGGCGAACAGCAGGCCACUCUUCCCGCAGAGGUACACCUUUCCUGAAGUCCAGGGAGGGUCCAGACAGAUAAGCUUAAAGAACUUAAGUGAGGUCCUUGGAACAGAGAAAGUUCCUCAUCACCAGAUGAAGCCUGAAUUAUCUCACCUGUCACAAAACCAAAGUCCUCAAGAGAUUCCUCUUGCCAUUGCCAGCUCUUCAUUCGUGACUCACAACCACAGUGUACAAAACAGAGAUCAUAAAGAAAGCAUGCAGUCCUAUCCUCCUCAGAGAUGUCAGUCUCCAGCCAGCUAUGGCCCUCUGGAAAAUUCGCUAUGUUGUAAAAACACAAGCAGGAAGAAGCCUUUCCCCACAAGGUCUGAUGAAAAGGAUGUCCGGCACAACGAAUGGUACAUUGGAGAAUACAGUCGCCAGGCAGUGGAAGAGGCAUUGAUGAAGGAGAACACGGAUGGCACCUUCUUGGUCCGAGACUGUUCCACAAAAUCCAGGGCGGAGCCCUAUGUGUUGGUGGUGUUUUAUGGGAACAAAGUCUACAAUGUGAAAAUCCGCUUCCUGGAGAGGAAUCAGCAGUUUGCCCUGGGGACAGGGCUCAGAGGAGACAAGAAGUUUGAUUCAGUGGAAGACAUCAUCGAACACUACAAGUAUUUUCCUAUUAUACUCAUUGACGGGAAGGAUAAAACUGGGAUCCACAGGGAACAGUGUUACCUGACUCAGUCCCUCCCUCUCAGCAGACACUUCUCACUUAUAUAG